AUGACGCGAAUAUUGGUCCAGGUGUUGCUGUCUAUAUACCUCUGUGGCUUUGCUACGGCGGCCAAUAUCGUGUAUGUCACUGACCUCUCAAUCUACACUUUACUGGCACCAUGCGCCCAGUCGGCUCUGUCGUACAACAUCUUCAGGCAGACUGCUUCUGCCUGCGGUGAAGCCCCCACCGACUUGCAAUCAUGUGUCUGCACAAAGAACAACAAUGCGGUGGCUAUCGCCACGUCCAUAGCGAAAUCGGUGAGCUACAGCUGCGGCUCGUCUGCCUCGGAUGACCAGACGAGCGCAGCAGCCGUCUUCAGCCAGUACUGCCACCCGGAAUCAACAAUAGCACUGGCAACGCCGACGACCAAUCUCGUCACCCAAUACCCGACAGACAUCCCCGCCUUUUCUAACCUGGUGUCUUGCGCGCAAUCGGGAGUGUCAUAUGCCGUAUACUCGAUGAGAUCACUGUGCCCUGAGCCAGCCAGCUUGUUGGCCCCGUGUAUGUGCGUAAAGAAUGAUAAUUCGGCCCGCGUCAGUCGUUCCAUUGCCUCUCUUGUCAGGUAUUCCUGCUCCAACGCGGCCGACGUGACCUCCGCCGGCGAAUUUUACAAUGCCUUCUGCGCCAUGAACCAAGGGACCACGGCUUUUCCUCAGCCAUCCCCGCCGCCUGGUGACAUGACGUACUACAUCACCGCUUUAUCACAGUACAACUCGCUCGCUCCUUGUGCUCAGUCGGGUAUGUCGAACGCAGUGUCGUCUUUUGCGAGGUCUUUCUGCCCGGAUGGCCCUCAGGCGAUGGCGUCGUGCAUGUGUUUGAAGGACGGUGUUACGAACAUGGUGGUUAAUACUUUGACGUCGGAUGUCAAGUACUACUGCUCUUCCACUGCGACGGAAGAUGUAUCGUCUGCCCUGGCUGUUCUGGACUUUUACUGUAAGGCUGCUAAGAGAGAGGUUGUUGCGACUGUCGCCGAAUCAAUUGCCCAAACGUAUCCUACCGCACGAGCAGGCACAGGAUCAGGAACAUCUGCCCCGAGGCCAACGGGCACUGGCGCCGGUAGCGGCUCUGGUGGCAACUCCGGCGGUAAUGAAGAAAAGCAAAGCAGCAGCAAUAUUGCCCCGAUUGUGGGUGGUGUCGUCGGUGUGCUGGGCGCUCUCGCUUUCGCAGGUCUCGUCGCGCUUGUCGUCCUUCGCCGUAAGAAGAAGGCUCGGGCACAGGCCAAUUCUCAAGGCCCUUUCUUGACGAAUAUGGGACCGCCAGGAAUGAGCGGGCCACCAGAGCUGGGAGGCACCAUGCUCUCUUCUCUCCCCCACAAGAGCCCUUCGAUGAGCGUUGCCAAGGUCGGCUCUCCACGCUCAGAUACUGUAUCACCCGCUUCUGCCUACGGUAAUAGCGCAUAUGCACCACCACCCAUGGGAUCCGAGCUGCCAGGGCAAGGAAUGCCCCCUCCAGUUCCCGAGAUCCCGGCGAACACCAACGGAAAUCUACAACCUGGAGGCCAUUUCAUGCCCUCCGAGCUGCAAGGACAGUAUGCUCAGACGGAACAGGCAGGGCAGCAUUACGGCCAGAGUCUUCCUCUUCCACCUGAGCUCCAGGGAGGACAGAUGGCACCUGCUGAAGCGUACGGUCAGCCCAUUCAUCAGAUGCUGAGCGGACCUCAACCUGUGUAUCAAGCGCAAGGGAACCAGCGGGCGGAGCUCCAGGGUAUGGGGUGGCAUUCUGGGCCCACUCCAGGGUAUUCUGAGUUGGAUUCAAGCCAUAAUCGAAGGUAA